CACUAGAUACAGACACAUCGACACACAUAAAAUAAAAUAAAAACAAUAAUAUUAUGUGUAAUCACACGUGUUGGUGUUAGACAUGACAUGUGUCGGAUACUAGACACGUUUUGAAUCAGAAAUAUCGAUGAGUGAGAGUAGUGUUAUAUUGAAGUCAUCAAUAUAUUGACACGUCAUCGGUCAUUUUAAUGACACAAAUUGCAUGAUUCUUGUGCUUGAUUAUUAUGAAAACUUAUGAUGAUAUAACACCAUUGUAUUGUGAUACUAAAUAGUCAAUACUAGUAAGGGUUAGGACACUCUUGUUCAUAUGAUAAAAUGUAUGAAAAAGAAGUUUUGAGAAAGAGUGUGCUAUCUCAAGAACCAAAAUUUCAUUCUUCAUCUUCUUUUCUCAUCACUUAUUUAUACAUUGGCCACUUUUUAUCUAGAUGGGGUUCCAGAAUGUGGGAAUUCUCUGUUGGUUUAUAUAUGAUCAGUAUUUGGCCAGACUCACUGUUGUAUGCAGCAAUAUAUGGGGCUGUUGAAUCUGCUUCCAUUGCAUUGUUUGGUCCUUUGAUUGGAACAUGGGUUGAUAAGUUGACUUAUGUGAAGGUAUUGCAAUUGUGGCUGGUGACACAAAAUCUGUCUUUUAUUAUUGCUGGUGCCACUGUAGUUACCUUACUUGUCUACUCAUCUUUGAAGUUUACAAAUUUCACAGUUUUCUUAUUACUUGUGGUGAUAAUCAAUAUCUGUGGUGGCAUUGGAGUGCUUUCAACUCUUGCUGGUACAAUCUUGAUAGAAAGAGAAUGGUUGUUAGUUAUAUCCGAAGGCCAAUCACCGGAACUGCUGAUAAAGAUGAAUUCAGUUACGAGACGCAUCGAUCUAACCUGCAAGCUACUUGCACCUGUUAUAACUGGCUUCAUAAUAAGCUUUGUAUCUCUUAAAGCAUCUGCUAUAACAUUAGCACUUUGGAAUAGUGCUUCUGUUUGGGUGGAGUAUUGGCUUUUUACAUCUGUGUAUAAUGGAAUUCCAGCUUUGUGUCAAAGUAGCCAGAGGAGAAUGGAAAGGCUUUCAUCACAAAGUGAUCUAGAAAGGAAUAAUUCAACUUCUAAGGGAGAUAGUUUGCUUAAUGUUACUGACGGUGAUAGCACAGAAAUGCUAGAUGGAAAAAGCAGGACAAAAUUUUCUGAGUGGAUUUCAAAAAUCUCUUAUGUUGAUGCUUGGAGAGUUUAUUUACAGCAAGAAGUUGUUCUUCCUGGACUAGCUCUGGCUUUGCUAUUUUUCACUGUACUCAGCUUUGGAACAUUGAUGACUGCAACUUUAGAAUGGGAAGGUAUACCUGCAUAUGUUAUUGGAAUAGCACGAGGAAUAAGCGCUGUAAUUGGAAUAGCUGCAACAGUUUUAUAUCCUGUUCUACAAUAUCAGAUUUCAGCUAUUAGAACUGGACUCUGGUCUAUUUGGUCUCAGUGGACUUGCCUCCUCCCAUGUUUAGCUGCAUUAUGGAUCCAAAAUGGCAUUUUAACAUCAUAUAUAUUGAUGGGAAGCGUCGCAAUAUCUCGGCUUGGACUGUGGAUGUUUGACUUAUCUGUACUUCAACAAAUGCAGAACCUUGUUCCCGAGUCGGAUCGUAUGAUUGUUGGAGGUGUUCAGAAUUCACUUCAGUCCUUUAUGGAUCUAUUGGCCUAUGUUAUGGGAAUCAUAAUAUCUGAUCCAAAGGAGUUCUGGAAGUUGAGUUUAUUAUCCUUUCUGGCGGUCACAUUAGCUGCAUACCUCUACUGCAUCCAUGUGUUCCGUGUGCGGAAGCAUAUAUUUCACUUUGAUAAAGUAUGGUCGAUUAAUUCUUCUGCAUGAGCAUCAUAAGUUGUAGGGCGAGGCAAGUUGAGGCCUAAAGCUAGGCGAAGUCUCAAAGUGAGCAAAUCAUAAGAUCAUGUACAAAUUUGUUGGAUGUCACAGUGAAGGUGAAACCAUAAAAUUAGUAGGCUACAUAGGAGGCUGAGGUCCUAAAAAAACCGCACAGGAUUCCGGAAAUACACAUCUGCACAGAGAAAAAAAUCGUGUUUUUGUCUGAAAUACACCUUCAGACAGCACAAAAACUGUGUUUCCGAUAUCUACUUUCAAAGUGCUUUCGGUGGUGGGAAAGUUCCUCCCUUUGUGCUAGGGUCUCCCCAGUUGACUAUUGUGAAGCAUAAUUCUUGUAUUCACUUUUCAUAUCAUUUGGUCCAUUGAACUAAUUAAGUGUUAGGUCCAUUUUAGUUUGACUUUUGUAGUCCAAAGAAAGUUCUAGAAAGGUCUAGAAGUAAAUGAGAGACUUGGCAUUAAAUGUAAGUAGAUAAUAUGUAUAACUCUCUCUUGAAGUGUGUAGAAUUAUCUCCUAAUUUAUGCAGAACUCUCUCUUGGAGCCUAUAAAUAGGUGAAA